AUGCCUCUCCAGCCGAGCAGCCAGAGGGGGCUGGUGCAUCUCCAGGCGAACAACCAGAGGGGCUGGUGCCUCUCCAGCCGAGCAGCCAGAGGGGGCUGGUGCCUCUCCAGCCGAGCAGCCAGAGGGGGCAGCCGAGCAGUCAGAGGGGCUGGUGCCUCUCCAGCCAAGCAGCCAGAGGGGGCUGGUGCCUCUCCAGCCGAGCAGCCAGAGGGGGCUCGUGACUGUCCAGCCGAGCAGCCAGAGGGGGCUGUUGCCUCUCCAGUUGUCAGCGUGAGGGGGCUGGUGCCUCUCCAGCCGAGCAGCCAGAGGGGCUGGUGCCUCUCCAGCCAAGAAGCCAGAGGGGGCUGGUGCCUCUCCAGCCGAGCAGCCAGAGGGGGCUGGUGCCUCUCCAGGCGAACAGCCAGAGGGGGCUGGUGCCUCUCCAGCCGAGAAGCCAGAGGGGGCUGGUGCCUCUCCAGCCGAGCAGCCAGAGGGGGCUGGUGCCUCUCCAGCCGAGCAGCCAGAGGGGGCUCGUGCCUGUCCAGCCAAGCAGCCAGAGGGGCCUGGUGCUCUCCAGCCAAGCAGCCAGAGGGGGCUGGUGCCUCUCCAGCUGAGCAGCCAAAGGGGGCUGGUGCCUCUCCAGGCGGACAGCCAGAGGGGGCUGGUGCCUCACCAGCCGAACAGCCAGAGGGCCUGGUGCCUCUCCAGCCGAGCAGCCAGAGGGGGCAGGUGCCUCUCCAGCCGAGCAGCUGGAGGGGGCUGGUGCCUAUCCAGCUGAGCACCCAGAGGGGACUGGUGCCUCUAAAGUUGAUCAGCCUGAGGGGGCUGGUGCCUCUCCAGCCGAGCAGCCAGAGGGGCUGGUGCCUCUCCAGCCAAGCAGCCAGAGGGGGCUGCCGAGCAGCCAGAGGGGCUGGAGCCUCUUCAGCCAAGAAGCCAGAGGGGGCUGGUGCCUCUCCAGCUGAGCAGCCAGAGGGGGCUGGUGCCUCUCCAGCUGAGCAGCCAGAGGGGGCUGGUGCCUCUCCAGCCGAGCAGCCAGAGGGGGCUCGUGCCUGUCCAGCCGAGCAGCCAGAGGGGCCUAGUGCUCUCCAGCCAAGCAGCCAGAGGGGUCUGGUGCGUCACCUAGUCGAGCAGCCAGAGGGGGCUGGUGCCUGUCCAGCCGAGCAGCCAGAGGGGACUGGUGCCUCUCCAGCUGAGCAGCCAGAGGGGGCUGGUGCCACUCCAUUCGAACAGCCAGAGGGGGCUGGUGCCGCUCCAGCCAAGCAGCCAGAGGGGGCUGGUGCCUCUCCAGCCGAGCAGCCAGAGGGGCCUGGUGCCUUUCCAGCCGAGCAGCCAGAGGGGGCUGGUGGCUCUCCACGCGAGCAGCCAGAGGGGGCUGGUGCCUCUCCAGCCAAGCGGCCAGAGGGGACUGGUGCCUCUCCAGUUGAGCAGGCAGAGGGGGCUGGGGCCUCUUCAGGCGAACAGCCAGAGGGGGCUGGUGCCUCUCCAGCCGAGCUGCCAGAGGGGGCUGGUGCCUCUCUAGCCGAGCAGCCAGAGUGGGCUGGUUCCUGUCCAGCCGAGCAGACAGAGGGGCCUGGUGCUCUCCAGCCAAGCACCCAGAUUGGGCUGCCGAGCAGCCAGAGGGGGCUGGUGCCUCUCCAGCCGAGCAGCCAGAGGGGCCUGGUGCCUCUCCAGCCGAGCAGCUGGAGGGGGUUGGUGCCUCUCCAGACGAGCAGCCAGAGGGGGCUGGUGCCUCUCCAGUCUAUCAUCCAGAGGGGGCUGGUGCCUCUCCAGCCGAGCAGCCAGAGGGGCUGGUGCCUCUCCAGCCGAGCAGCCAGAGGGUCUAGUGCCUCUCCAGCCAAGCAGCCAGAUGGGGAUGGUGCCUCUCCAGCCGAGCAGCCAGAGGUGGCUGGUGCCUCUCCAGGCGAUCAGCCAGAGGGGGCUGGUGCCUCUCCAGCCGAGCAGCCAGAGGGGGCUGGUGCCUCUCCAGCCGAGCAGCCAGAGGGGGCUCGUGCCUGUCCAGCCGAGCAGCCAGAGGGGCCUGGUGCUCUCCAGACAAGCAGCCAGAGGGGGCUGGUGCCUCUCCAGCCAAGCAGCCAGAGGGGGAUGGUGCCUCUCCAGGCAAACAGCCAGAGGGGGCUGGUGCCUCUCCAGCCGAGCAGCCAGAGGGGGCAGGUGCCUCUCCAGCCGAGCAGCUGGAGGGGGCUGGUGCCUCUCCAGCCGAGCAGCCAGAGGGGGCUGGUGCCUCUCCAGUCGAUCAGCCAGAGGGGGCUGGUGCCUCUCCAGCCGAGCAGCCAGAGGGGUUGCCGAGCAGCCAGAUGGGCUUGUGCCUCUCCAGCCGAACAGCCAGAGGGGGCUGGUGCCUCUCCAGCCGAGCAGCCAGAGGGGGCUCGUGCCUGUAAAGCCGAGCAGACAGAGGGGGCUGGUGCCUCUCCAGUUGAUCAGCCAGAGGGGGCUGGUGCCCAUCCAGCCGAGCAGCCAGAGGGGCCUGGUGCUCUCCAGCCAAGCAGCCAGAGGGGGCUGGUGCGUCACCUAGUCGAGCAGCCAGAGGGGGCUGGUGCCUGUCCAGCCGAGCAGCCAGAGGGGCCUGGUGCCUCUCCAGCUGAGCAGCCAGAGGGGGCUGGUGCCUCUCCAGCCAAGCAGCUAGAGGGGGCUGGUGCUUCACCAGCCGAGCAGCCAGAGGGGCCUGGUGCCUCUCCAGUUGAUCAGCCAGAGGGGGCUGGUGCCUUUCCAGCCGAGCAGCCAGAGGGGCUGGUGCCUCUCCAGCCAAGCAGCCAGAGGGGGCUGGUGACUCUCAAGCUGAGCAGCGAGAGGGGGCUGGUGCCUCUCCAGCCGAGCAGCCAGACGGGGCUCGUGCCUGUCCAGCCGAGCAGCCAGAGGGGCCUGGUGCUCUCCAGCCAAGCAGCCAGAGGGGCCGAGCAGCCAGAGGGGCCUGGUGUUCUCCAGCCAAGCAGACAGAGGGGGCUGGUGCCUCACCAGCCGAGCAGCCAGAGGGGGCUGGUGCCUGUCCAGCCGAGCAACCAGAGGGGCCUGAUGCCUCUCCAGCUGAGCAGCCAGAGGGGGCUGGUGCCUCUCCAGGCGAUCAGCCAGAGGGGGCUGGUGCCUCUCGAGCCAAGCAGCCAGAGGGGGCUGGUGCCUCUCCAGCCGUGCAGCCAGAGGGACAUGGUGCCUCUCCAGCCAAGCAGCCAGAGGGGGCUGCUGCCUCUCCAGCUGAUUAGCCAGAGGGGGCUGGUGCCUCUCCAGGCGAACAGCCAGAGGGGGCUGGUGCCCCUCCAGCCGAGCAGCGAGAGGGGGCUCGUGCCUGUCCAGCCGAGCAGCCAGAGGGGCCUGGUGCUCUCCAGCCAAGCAGCCAGAGGGGGCUGGUGCCUCACCAGCCGAGCAGCCAGAGGGGGCUGGUGCCUGUCCAGCCAAGCAGCCAGAGGGGCUUGGUGCCUUUCCAGCCGAGCAGCCAGAGAGGGCUGGUGGCUCUCCAGCCGAGCAGCCAGAGGGGGCUGGUGCCUCUCCAGCCAAGCAGCCAGAGGGGGCUGGUGCCUCUCCAGGCGAACAGCCAGAGGGGGCGAACAGCCAGAGGGGGCUGGUGUCUCUCCAGCCGAGCAGCCAGAGGGGGCUCGUGCCUGUCCAGCCGAGCAGCCAGAGGGGCCUGGUGCUCUUCAGUCAAGCAGCCAGAGGGGGCUGGUGCCUGUCCAGCCGAGCAGCCAGAGGGGCCUGGUGCCUUUCCAGCCGAGCAGCCAGAGAGGGCUGGUGGCUCUCCAGCCGAGCAGCCAGAGGGGGCUGGUGCCUCUCCAGCCAAGUAGCCAGAGGGGGCUGAUGCCUCUCCAGGCGAACAGCCAGAGGGGGCUGGUGCCUCUCCAGCCGAGCAGCCAGAGGGGGCUCGUGCCUUUCCAGCCGAGCAGCCAGAGGGGCCUGGUGCUCUCCAGCCAAGCAGCCAGAGGGGCCUGGUGCUCUCCAGCCAAGCAGACAGAGGGGGCUGGUGCCUCACCAGCCGAGCAGCCAGAGGGGGCUGGUGCCUCUCCAGGCGAGCAGCCAGAGGGGGCUGGUGCCUCUCCAGGCGAACAGCAAGAGGGUGCUGGUGCCUCUCCAGCCGAGCAGCCAGAGGGGGCUGGUGCCUCUCCAGCUGAGCAGCCAGAGGGGGCUGGUGCCUAUCCAGGCGAACAGCCAGAGGGGGCUGGUGCCUCACCAGCCGAGCAGCAAGAGGGGGCUGGGGGCUGGUGCCUCUCCAGUCGAUCAGCCAGUGGGGGCUGGUGCCUCUCCAGCCGAGCAGCCAGAGGGGCUGGUGCCUCUCCAGCCGAGCAGCCAGAGGGGCCUGGUGCAUCUCCAGUUGAUCAGACAGAUUGGGCUGGUGCCUCUCCUGCCGAGCAGCCAGAGGGGCUAGUGCCUCUCCAGCCGAGCAGCCAGAGGCGGCUGGUGCCUCUCCAGCCGAGCAGCCAGAGGGGGCUCGUGCCUGUCCAGCCGAGCAGACAGUCGCGGCUGGUGCCUCUUCAGUUGAUCAGCCAGAGGGGGCUGGUGGCUCUCCAGCCGAGCAGCCAGAGGGGGCUGGUGCCUCUCCAGCUGAGCAGCCAGAGGGGGCUGGUGCCUCUCCAGCUGAGCAGCCAGAGGGGGCUGGUGCCUCUCCAGGCGAACAGGCAGAGGGGGCUGGUGCUUCUCCAGCCGAACAGCCAGAGGGGGCUGGUGCCUCUCCAGCCGAGCAGCCAGAGGGGGCUCGUGCCUGUCCAGCUGAGCAGCCAGAGGUGCCUGGUGCUCUCCAGCCAAGCAGCCAGAGGGGGCGAACAGCCAGAGGGGGCUGGUGCCUCACCAGCCGAGCAGCCAGAGGGGGCUGGUCCCUCUCCAGCCGAGCAGCCAGAGGGGGCUGGUGCCUCUCCAGCCGGGCAGCUGGAGGGGGCUCAUGCCUGUCCAGCCGAGCAGCCAGAGGGGGCUGGUGCCUCUCCAGCCGAGCAGGCAGAGGGGCUGGUGCCUCUCCGGCCAAGCAGCCAGAGGGGGCUGGUGCCUCUCCAGCCGAGCAGCCAGAGGGGGCUGGUGCCACACCAGCUGAGCAGCCAGAGGGGGCUGGUGCCUCUCCAGGCGAACAGCCAGAGGGGGCUGGUGCCUCUCCAGCCGGGCAGCCAGAGGGGGCUGGUGCCUCUCCAGCCGAGCAACCAGAGGGGCCUGGUGCCUCUCCAGCUGAGCAGCCAGAGGGGGCUGGUGCCUCUCCAGCCAAGCAGCCAGAGGGGGCUGGUGCCUCACCAGCCGAGCAGCCAGAGGGGCCUGGUGCCUCUCCAGUUGAUCAGCCAGAGGGGGCUGGUGCCUCUCCAGCCGAGCAGCCAGAGGGCUGAGCAGCCAGAGGGGGCUGGUGCCUCUCCAGCCGAGCAGCCAGAGGGGGCUCGUGCCUGUCCAGCCGAGCAGCCAGAGUGGCCUGGUGCUCUCCAGCCAAGCAGCCAGAGGGGGCUGGUGCGUCACCUAGUCGAGCAGCCAGAGGGGGCUGGCGCCUGUCCAGCCGAGCAGCCAGAGGGCCUGGUGCGUCUCCAGCUGAGCAGCCAGAGGGGGCUCCUGCCUCUCCAGGCGAACAGCCAGAGGGGCUGGUGCCUCUCCAGGCAAGCAGCCAGAGGGGGCUGGUGCCUCUCCAGCCAUGCAGCCAGAGGGGCCUGGUGCUAUCCAGCCAAGCAGCCAGAGGGGGCUGGUGCCUCACCAGCCGAGCAGCCAGAGGGGCCUGGUGCCUCUCCAGUUGAUCAGCCAGAGGGGGCUGGUGCCUCUCCAACCAAGCAGCCAGAGGGGCUGGUGCCUCUCCAGCCAAGCAGCCAGAGGGGGCUAGUGCCUCUCCAGCUGAGCAGCCAGAGGGCCGAGCAGCCAGAGGGGCCUGUUGCUCUCCAGCCAAGCAGCCAGAGGGGGCUGGUGCCUCACCAGCCGAGCAGCCAGAGGGGGCUGGUGCCUGUCCAGCUGAUUAGCCAGAGGGGGCUGGUGCCUCUCCAGGCGAACAGCCAGAGGGGCCUGGUGCCUUUCCAGCCAAGCAGCCAGAGGGGGCUGGUGGCUCUCCAGCCGAGCAGCCAGAGGGGGCUGGUGCCUUUCCAGCCAAGCAGCCAGAGGGGGCUGGUGCCUCUCCAGGCGAACAGCCAGAGGGGGCUGGUGCCUCUCCAGCUGAGCACCCAGAGGGGGCUGGGGCCUCUCCAGCUGAGCAGCCAGAGGCCGAGGAGCCAGAGGGGCCUGGUGCUCUCCAGCCAAGCAGCCAGAGGGGCCUGGUGCUCUCCAGCCAAGCAGCCAGAGGGGGCUGGUGCCUCACCAGCCGAGCAGCCAGAGGGGGCUGGUGCCUCUCCAGGCGAGCAGCCAGAGGGGGCUGGUGCCUCUCCAGCCAAGCAGCCAGAUGGGGCUGGUGCCUCUCCAGCUGAGCAGCCAGAGGGGGCUGGUGCCUCUCCAGGCGAACAGCCAGAGGGGGCUGGUGCCUCUUCAGCCGAGCAGCCAGAGGGGGCUGGUGCCUCUCCAGCCCAGCAGCUAGAGGGGGCUCGUGCCUGUCCAGCCGAGCAGCCAGAGGGGCCUGCUGCUCUCCAGCCAAGCAGCCAGAGGGAGCUGGUGCCUCUCCAGCUGAGCAGCCAGAGGGGCUGGUGCCUCUCCAGGCGAACAGCCAGAGGGGGCUGGUGCCUCUUCAGCCGAGCAGCCAGAGGCGGCUCGUGCCUUUCCAGCCGAGCAGCCAGAGGGGGCUGGUGCCUCUCCAGGCGAAGAGCCGGAGGGGGCUGGUGCCUCUCCAGCCGAGCAGCCAGAGGGGGCUGGUGCCUCUCCAGCCAAGCAGCCAGAGGGUCCUGGUGCCUCUCCAGGCGAAGAGCCGGAGGGGGCUGGUGCCUCUCCAGCCGAGCAGCCAGAGGGGGCUGGUGCCUCUCCAGCCGAGCAACCAGAGGGGGCUCGUGCCUUUCCAGCCGAGCAGCCAGAGGGUCCUGGUGCUCUCCAGCCAAGCAGCCAGAGGGGGCUGGUGCCUCUCCAGGCGAGCAGCCAGAGGGGCUGGUACCUCUCCAGCCAAGCAGCCAGAUGGGGCUAGUGCCUCUCCAGCUGAGCAGCCAGAGGGGGCUGGUGCCUCUCCAGGCGAGCAGCCAGAGGGGGCUGGUGCCUCUCCAGGCGAACAGCCAGAGGGGGCUGGUGGCUCUCCAGGCGAGCAGCCGGAGGGGGCUGAUGCGUCUCCAGCCGAGCAGCCAGAGGGGGCUGGUGCCUCUCCAGCCGAGCAGCCAGAGGGGGCUGGUGCCUUUCCAGCCGAGCAGCCAGAGGGGCCUGGUGCUCUCCAGCCAAGCAGCCAGAGGGGGCUGGUGCCUCUCCAGCCGAGCAGCCAGAGGGGGCUGGUGCCUCUCCAGCCGAGCAGCCAUAGGGGGCUCGUGCCUUUCCAGCCGAUCAGCCAGAGGGGCCUGGUGCUCUCCAGCCAAGCAGCCAGAGGGGGCUGGUGCCUCACCAGCCGAGCAGCCAGAGGGGGCUGGUGGCUCUCCAGCCAAGCAGCAAAAGGGGGCUGGUGCCUCUCCAGGCGAGCAGCCGGAGGGGGCUGGUGCCUCUCCAGCCGAGCAGCCAGAGGGGGCUGGUGCCUCUCCAGCCGAGCAGCGCGAGGGGGCUGGUGCCUCUCAAGCCGAGCAGCUGGAGGGGGCUGGUGCCUCUCCUGCCGAGCAACCAGAGGGGGCUGGUGCCUCUCCAGUCGAUCAGCCAGAGGAGGCUGGUGCCUCUCCAGCCAUGCAGCUACAGGGGUCUCCUGACUCUCCAGCCGAGCAGCCAGAGGGGGCUGGUAUCUCUCCAGUCGAUCAGCCAGAGGGGGCUGGUGCCUCUCCAGCCGAGCAGCUGGAGGGGACUGUUGCCUCUCCAGCCGAGCAGCCAGAGGGGGCUAGUGCCCCUCCAGCCGAGCAGCCAGAGGGGGCUGGUGCCCCUCCAGCCUAG